AUGUUAUUUCCAACCGCUAUGCCUCAGAACAUGCCUAUGGUGCAAUCAUCAAGCCAACAACAGUUGAGCAACAUCCCAGCCACCCUGGCUCUAUUACAACAUCAUCAACAACUCCAACAUCAGCAGCAACUUCAGCAACAAAAAGUUGCGAAUCCAAUGCAAAAGCAACCGUUUUUCAAUGAGUUGCAGCAUUUGCUGCAACAAGAAGUGCAUCGGCAACAUUUCCAGCAGUUGCUCGAGUUGCAACAGAAGCAACAAAUGAUCGCGGCGGCGGUGCAAUCGAGCACGGCCAGUACUGUUUCUGGGGGUGCUAUUGGUCAGAUGAGGGCUAAUUUGUUGACUCCUGACCAUUUGGAGGAGAACAAAUUUCAUGGCAAUGAUACGGUGAGUAUUUUUUUGGGUAGAGGAGAGUAGAAUGGGCAGGGUAAAAAAAAUUUAAAAAAAAUUUUUUUAAUAUUUAAAAUUUAAAUUAACUUUUAAAAUUUCAGACCGACUCCCGAAACCACUGGAUGUCGCCUCCAGUAGCUCCACUGACGCCAGCUUCAUCUGGAUCCCCGAUUCAGUGUCAUAUCGAAGAAGCGAAGGCGACUUCAUCCGACCGUGAUACGGGAUUCAGCGAUGGUUCGUCGAUGGAAGCCGAAACCCCGCCUCCAAAGGUCUUUAACUCCGCUGAAAGGCUGGGUCUUGGUACUGAGAGGCUUGGACUUGGUACUGAGAGGCUGGGUCUCGGUACUGAGAGACUAGGUUUUGGUGCUGAAAGACUUGGUCUCACUGGUACUGACAGAAUGAACUUGACUAACCCUGAUGUUAAUGAAAAACAGUCAUUUGAAGCCCUGAAACUAUCAGAAACAGUACGAACAUUAGAAGCCCUGAAGCAGUCUUCAGAAGCCUUAAAGCCAUCUGAAACCUUGAAGACUUUAGAAUCCCAAAAGCAGCCCCAAAAGUCAUCAGAAGCGGCCGAACUUCUGGAUUUAACGAAGGCCAAGAAGUCAGAAAAGAAGGCAAAAAAACGGCUAGCCACGACGCCACGAAAGGUCAGUCCAAAGAAGGCCAAAGUGAUGGAGAUGCUACUGAAUGGAAGUCGUGACCAGCUCCCGAAGAAGUUCCGCGACCUGACUGAAAGCGAAGGCAUAGCUGUGGCUGUUCUGGCCGGUCUGGCUGGUGGCCGCUAA